AUGAGGGCUCAGAAUCUCACUUCUAUCACCGAGUUCAUCUUGGUGGGACUCACCAGCCACCGCAAGACCCAGAUCCUGCUCUUUGUGGUCAUCCUCAUCAUCUACUUGCUUACUGUCAUGGGGAACCUGGUGAUCAUCAUGCUGGUGCGGACUGACUCCCGCCUCCACACACCCAUGUACUACUUCCUGACUCACCUUGCGGGCGUGGAGGUAUGUUACGUUACUAGCACCUUGCCCCAGAUGCUCAUCAACCUUCUUAAUGGAAACGGUGUCAUCUCCUUAACACGUUGUGCACUCCAGAUGCAUUUGGUAUUGACCCUGGGUGGCACCGAAUGUGUUUUGUUAGGUGCCAUGGCCUAUGAUCGUUACUUAGCCAUUUGCCACCCCUUGCUCUAUGCUGUCCUCAUGGGAAGGUGGCGCCAGCUGCAACUUGCCUCUGUCUCCUGGUCAGUUGGCAUCCUUCUGGCAACAAUCAAUGUGAGCUGCACCUUCAGCCACCUCUUCUGUGGCCCCAAUCGGGUCAACCACUUCAUCUGCGAGCUGCCCGUAGUGCUGAAACUGGCAUGUGCCAACACUCACAUCACAGAGUCUGUGGUUUUCAUGACGGCUGCUCUGAUCCUCCUGGGUCCUCUUUCUGUUAUUUUGACCUCGUACGGGCUCAUUCUGUCCUCCAUAUUGAAAAUGCGGUCAAGUGCCAGCCGGCGCAAGGCCUUCUCAACAUGCACCUCUCAUUUGGCUGUGGUCACCGUGUUCUACGGCACAGUCAUCACUAUGUACAUGAGACCCGGGUUGGGCACAGGUUCAGAUUUUGACAAGAAAAUUGCAGUGUUUUAUAUUAUGGUCACCCCCUUGCUCAACCCUAUCAUUUACACCCUGAGGAACAAGGAUGUCCAUGGGGCAGCGGCUAAGGUUCUGCGAAGAUGGGGAUUGGGAUGCAAAAGAUGA